GAGGUAGCUAUAAAUAGCUGGAGGUGGGCAUGCUGCCCCAGACGCCUUGGGGACAGGCAGGAGCAGAGGCUUAAGGAACUGCAUUGGGGGAAGGACGGGGCAAGCAGGCCAAGGCCUGGCUAGGACUGGAGGGAGGGAGCAUGGAGCCAUCCCAGUCACUGCGGCGUGGGGGUGAACAAAGCUGGUGGGGCAGUGCCCCCCAGUACCAGUAUAUGCCCUUUGAACACUGCACCAGCUACGGACUGCCCUCCGAGAAUGGGAGCCUUCAGCACCGGCUCCGAAAGGACACAGGCCUCCGACACAACGUUCAUCCCACGCAGAUUUACGGCCAUCCCAAACAACAACUCUCAGACAAGGAGCAGGGCGUGGCGAUGCCCAAGAAGAUGGGCUCCCGUUCCACACUGGACAGCAAUGAUGAGGAUCACUAUUCUAAAUGUCAAGAUUGUAUCCGCCGCCUGGGACAUGUGGUGAGAAGGAAGUUGGGGGAAGACUGGAUCUUUCUGGUGCUUCUGGGCCUGCUGAUGGCUCUGGUCAGCUGGUGUAUGGACUAUGUCAGCGCCAAAAGCCUUCAGGCCUACAAGUGGACAUAUGCUCAGAUGCAGCCGAGCCUCCCUCUGCAGUACCUGGCCUGGGUCACCUUCCCGCUCAUUCUCAUCCUCUUCAGUGCCAUCUUCUGCCACCUCAUCUCUCCCCAGGCAGUUGGCUCUGGAAUCCCUGAAAUGAAGACAAUCCUUCGUGGGGUUGUCCUGAAGGAAUAUCUCACACUCAAGGCCUUUGUGGCCAAGGUGAUUGCCUUGACUGCUGGGCUGGGCAGUGGCAUCCCUGUGGGGAAAGAGGGCCCUUUUGUCCACAUUGCCAGCAUUUGUGCUGCCGUCCUCAGCAAGUUUAUGUCCAUGUUCUGUGGAGUCUACGAGCAGCCAUACUAUUACACUGACAUCCUGACGGUGGGCUGUGCAGUGGGAGUCGGCUGCUGUUUCGGGACACCACUUGGAGGAGUGCUGUUCAGCAUCGAGGUCACGUCUACGUACUUUGCCGUUCGGAACUACUGGCGAGGAUUCUUUGCGGCCACGUUCAGUGCCUUUGUUUUCCGCGUGCUGGCAGUGUGGAACAAGGAUGCUGUCACCAUCACUGCUCUGUUCAGAACCAAUUUCCGAAUGGAUUUCCCUUUCGACCUGAAGGAACUCCCAGCCUUCGCUGUCAUCGGGCUUUGCUGUGGGUUCCUGGGAGCUGCAUUUGUGUAUCUGCAUCGCCAAGUCAUGCUUGGAGUCCGAAAGCACAAGGCCCUCAGCCAGUUUCUUGCUAAGCACCGCCUGCUGUAUCCUGGAAUUGUUACCUUUGUCAUCGCCUCAUUCACCUUUCCACCAGGAGUGGGUCAAUUCAUGGCUGGAGAGCUGAUGCCUCGUGAAGCCAUCAGUACCCUGUUUGACAACAACACAUGGGUCAAACACAUGGGUGACCCCAAAAGCCUAGGACAGUCAGCUGUGUGGAUUCACCCCAGGGUCAACGUUGUCAUCAUCAUCUUUCUCUUCUUUGUUAUGAAGUUCUGGAUGUCCAUUGUGGCCACCACUAUGCCCAUACCCUGUGGAGGCUUCAUGCCUGUGUUUGUGUUAGGAGCUGCAUUUGGAAGGCUGGUUGGAGAGAUCAUGGCCAUGCUGUUUCCUGAUGGUAUCUUAUUUGAUGACAUUAUCUACAAGAUCCUACCUGGGGGCUAUGCAGUAAUUGGAGCAGCAGCAUUGACUGGCGCCGUAUCCCACACUGUGUCCACAGCUGUGAUUUGCUUCGAACUAACGGGUCAGAUUGCACACAUCCUACCCAUGAUGGUGGCUGUGAUCUUGGCCAACAUGGUGGCUCAGAGCCUACAGCCUUCUCUCUAUGACAGCAUCAUCCAGGUCAAGAAGCUACCUUACUUGCCUGAUCUUGGUUGGAACCAGCUCAGCAAAUUCACAAUAUUUGUUGAGGACAUCAUGGUACGUGAUGUGAAGUUUGUUUCAGCUUCUUGCACAUAUGGGGAACUGCAAGCUCUGCUCCAGACGACCACAGUCAAGACUUUGCCACUGGUGGACUCAAAAGAUUCAAUGAUCCUGCUGGGCUCCGUGGAGCGCUCUGAGCUGCAGGCCCUCCUGCAGCGCCACCUGUGUCCUGAGCGGAGGCUGCGCGAGGCGCAAGACCUGGCGCGGAAGCUGGCAGAGCUGCCUUACGACGGCAAGGCGCGGCGCACCGCACAGGACCUCCCCUGCGGCGCUCCCCAAGGCCGACCCGAGUCCUUCGCCUUCGUGGAUGAGGAUGAAGAGGAGGACCUCUCAGACAGGACCGAGCUUCCUCCUUCUCUGCCUCCUCCUGCUCAGCCCCUUCCUCCUGCUCCACCAUCCUCCGAAGAGCCCAAUGGGCCCUUGCCCAGCCACAAACAGCAGCCAGAAACCCCAGAGCCUGCAGGUCAAAGACCCUCCAUUCUCCAAUGUCUGCUACGCUGCUUGCUGGGCAGAAAUCGACCCACAAAAAAGAAAAUGGCCCAGGAUCCCAUGGAUUUAGUGGAUAACAUGUCACCAGAAGAGAUUGAGGCCUGGGAGCGAGAACAGCUGAGCCAGCCUGUCUGUUUUGACUGCUGCUGUAUUGACCAGUCUCCCUUCCAGCUGGUGGAGCAGACCACUCUACACAAGACUCACACACUGUUCUCACUCCUCGGCCUUCACCUUGCUUACGUGACCAGCAUGGGGAAGCUCAGAGGCGUCCUGGCACUGGAAGAGCUGCAGAAGGCCAUCGAGGGGCACACCAAGUCUGGGGUACAGCUCCGCCCUCCACUUGCCAGUUUCCGGAGCACAACUUCAACUAGAAAGACUCCGGGUGGACCGCCCCCUCCUGCAGAGGGCUGGAGCCUGCCUGAAGAUGGAGCUGGGGCCACAGGAUCAGGGGACAUGGUACCUGCCUCUCCAGAUUCCCCUGUGCCAUCGCCCUCCCCCGAGCCUCCUCCCUCCUCGGCUCCAGUCAAGGUGGAGCAAGAGCUGGAGGUAGUGGAGGAGCUGGAGUUGCUGGAGAGUGCAGGGCUGAAUGAGGAGCUGGCAGACAUCUUGCAGGGCCCCAGCCUGAGAUCCACCGAUGAGGAAGAUGAGGAUGAGCUGAUCCUUUGACCACCCCUUCUAGACUGCACAGGCUGUUGAGAGGCCUGUACCAGAGGGUGGC